AUUAUUUCCCUUAGGUACUCAAAGCACGUAGUAACAUUGACGGAAUUGUCACCUCCAUAUUCGCCCCUUACGUCGUACCUCGCGUACCUUCCUUUCCGUUUUUCGCGCGUUUCGUCUAACCAUCGUGCCGUGAAACGAAGCAAGCAGAAGAGUGCUCCGAAAGAACGUAGUCGCGAGCCGCAGAACGAGAGAAAAUCGAAAAUGGAGCUGGAAGAGAGAGAGGCGAAAGUGUGCAGGCUGUGCGGCCAGUUUGAAAGGCUCUACAUCGAUGUGUUCGGCGAAGAGGGCAUGAGACGCUACCUGAGCGUCAAGAUCCACUCAAAGAUCAACAUAAUGAUAGAUGAAAGGGAUCCUCUGCCCAAGGCGAUCUGUGUUCAGUGUCUGGGCAAGCUUGAAUUCGUCUGCGACUUUCAAGAGGAGUGUCUACGCACCCAACAUGAGUUACGCGAUCGAUACAAUCUACCGCCCUUAACAGAGCUUAUGGAGAUAAAAAACGAAGAUACGCCACCGACCAGAUCUGCGGAUAAUAACAACAGUAUUGAAAAAAAUCUUAAUUCUACUAGCGGCGAGGACUCCGAGCAGCAACAACAGCAACAACGAGUUCUCAGGAGAAGUCUUCGUAGCCAACAACAAUCUCUUAAGUCUGUAAACGACGAAAUUAGUAUAGAAGAGAAUUCACAGAGUAGCCAAAGUAUACAAAGCACAGAAUUGACGCCAACUCGUUGGCUAAGACGUCGGCACAACGUGGACUCUACAACGUCGUCCGUAACCAACAAUAAUGAGCGGGACGAAGAGAUCCCAAUCGCGAGCAGGUUAAGGAGUCACAAUAAUAACGCGGACAAUAGUAACCAAGCCAAUGCUUCUUCUUUGAGUGUUAGCAACAGCGAUAACGAAAGCGCUGUGGAAAAGCAGCAUUCGAUACAAGAUUCAGCCGAGGGAUCCACGAUUCAGUUGCCGACGUCGGCGUUGAAUAAAUUGUUAACUCUCGUCUCCGGCGCUCCCGAUAUCGAGGUGUCAGUAAACGAGUCGCGAAAUCGCGGCGACGUCGCCGGCGGCGGUAACAGCAACAACAAUAGUAACAACAACAGUAACAGUAGCAGCAAUGACGCUGAAGACAUUAGCUUCACCGUAGAGCUUUGCAGAAAAUCGACUGAGGAUGACCCACUACCGGAGUUGAAAGUGCGCGCACGAGUGUUUCCCGACCAAGGUUCCUGCUUGGUCGACGCUGCAAUUGUGGAUUUGCUGCAGAAUUCUCAAGGCACCACCGGGGAAGUAAACGGUAUCGUCAACAGUAUUCUCAGUAGCACAGGGAAGAAUAACGGCAUCGCGACGUCGAAGCUGAAGGACCUGGCGAAGCUGGAGGAAAUGACAGAAGCCAUGCAAAAACCCGAAGAACUCUUUCGCAUUGACGGUGAAGAGAUCAAGGUGGACGACAACGUGGAACAUGUGACGAACGAUGGCCAGAACGGCUACGCGUGCAAACUCUGUCGCAAGUUCUACGAGCGGCGAGAUAAGUGCACGGUACACGUGAAAACACAUCUCGGUAUCAAACAGUACACUUGUGUCAUCUGUAACGCUAAAUUCGUCUGUAAAUCGGACGUGAUGAAACAUAUCCGUUGCUCGCACACCAAUCCACGGCCCAUACAGUGUCCCAAGUGUCCAAAACGUUUCAAGUCCAAGUUCUACCUGACCGAACACGAUAAUGUUCACAAAGGCGUACGACCGUACAGCUGCACUGAUUGCGGACAGAGCUACCAUCAUAAAGUAUCGCUGCAGAUUCAUAUGAAAUCGCAUCUACCGCCGCAAAAUCUCGCUUGCGAAUACUGCGGCAAGGUGUUCCCAUAUCGCACGCGACUACUCAGUCAUAUCGCCAGCGUGCACAUGAAAAAACGCCGUAACUUCCGCUGCCGCUUCUGCUAUAAUCUGUACUCCAGUCUGUCGGUAUUAAACGAGCACGUCAAGACUCGUCAUUCUACCACGCACAUUUGUGGCAUCUGCGGCAAGACCUUCAAGGUUGUGUCCAAGUUCAAGGCGCAUGUGAUGCAACACUCGAAUCCGAAGCCGUUUGUCUGCAACAUCUGUAACAAUCGUUACGCGUCUAAAGCCUUUCUUAACGAACAUCUGCUCAAACACGAGGGCCUGCGCAAGCACAAGUGCAAGACAUGCAAUGCCUCUUUCGCGCAGGCGAGUCAUCUGGCCGCACAUCGCCACGUGCACGGCGAGAAGACGCACGUUUGCCCAGAAUGCGGGCGCAAAUUCAAUCGUCGUGACAACAUGAAAGUGCACCGAAAGCGACACUUCGAGCAAAAGAAGAGUGGGACCGGCAAGCAAAAGGCCACCGCGUCCAAUACUACUGACUCAGUGGCUGCGUCUACCGCAACUAACGAAAAAUAGUGCGGGCGAACAGUGACGUCAAAUUGCCGUUACUAAUGGCUGAAUAUUGGAGACUUAGAGAUAAGAUUUAGAUAGAUCUCACAUAGCAGAGACUUAGACUAUGUAGAUCGCGAGAGGUCAACGAUGACGUGUUCGACCAUGGAGUUCUGUGACUCGAGAUUAGAAAGUAAGUGGGAGAUACUUAGCGAAAGUGUUGUGAAAGAUUGCUCAAGGACAAUGAUGGUCUUUUUAUGUAUAUGCUUGGUGCUCCGAUGAAUUAUCAACGUCAUUAUCGGCAAGAGAAUUUUGAUCUUUAGCGAUAACGAAAUAAUCUAUUUUUCCGAAGACAAGACUUUAAUUCCUUGAAUUUUGUAAGUGUCACAAUGUGACUUUUUUUAGUAGGAUUAAUGUAUUUGCUUCUACAGCUUUGCGAUUUCGUUUCUUUCGGUCGAAAAAUCGAGUUCAUUGAAUUUUGAAAAUAUAUUUUCGUACCUUUUCAAUCAAUUGUGUUAUAGUCAAUGUCGUUCUGUCAUAUCCUAAAGCGUAAUAGAUAAUAUGUAAGGAACUGUUCCUACAUGUCUUCUUUCGAUAUCUUUCACACGUUUUUAACAUGCGUGAAAAUCUUGCGCUUCUCGAGAUAUUUGGGGAAAGCGGACAACGUUUGGUAAAAAUGAUUUUUGUAUGAUAGACAAUAUUAACGUACGGCCAAAAACGCAAUUACCCGUAUAAUCACGUAGUUUUAAGGGAAAUUCGAUGACUCAACGACGCGCUAGGAAUCGGGCUUCCAAAAUCGAUAACCUCGACUAGAGCGGAACUAUUUUCUAUAAGUCUUUACACGUGCGUACGAACGCAUGUACGUACGCGUAUAUAUGUAAGGAAGCAUGAUGACGCGCGCGUACGCGUGUAUGUGUAUGUGUGGGUAUGUGUGCGAGCGCGUGCGUGUGUGUAAAAAUAUGUGCGUGUGUAUGGAUGUGUGUACAUGGAAAAGCGAUCCGCACUUUCCAUACAUUUUGGAGGACACUUUACAAUGACAAUCGUACUAUAUUGAAAGUAGAGAAGAACUAAAUUAUAAGAGAACUAAUGUUAAGAAAGUAUAUUAUCAUCAGUGCCUUGAUUAUAGACUCUUAAAAAAUAGAAAGAUGGGAUCAAGUACACUUGCUCCAGAUUGAUUCCAUUGGCAACACCUUAGAUUCUUUUAUAAAUACUUUUAAACGCAGUAGCAUUUAAAUAUAUAAUUAAAUUAAAUAUAAUCACACACAUAUAUACACACCACACAGUCAUACGUAAUUUAUUAUUAAUAUCUUCUAUAUAUUAUAUCUAUAUAUUAUAUCUAUAUAGCGUUUUACGCGAGUAAAAAGCUUCCUCUCCGCAAUAUAUAAUACGCGAUUUGCUUGAAACAUCCUUUAUUACUCUGUUUAUUCUAAUUGUCUUUUGUUUCCAUAUUAAUUGCUGUUCAAUAUCAAUUAAUUUAAUAAUUAAUUGUAAUUGUUAUUACACACAGUGACAUGUUUAAUAUAUAAAAUUAAUAAAUAUAUAACAAUAUUAUUUAUAAUAUUGUUAUAUAUUUAUUUAUAAUAAUUAAUAUAUAUGUCAUAAAUUGUUAUAUCCUGUUUAUAUAUGCUGUUAUAUACUCUAAAGUACUCAUUUGUUUGAUAUUGUAUUUAAUCCCAUAUGCGCAGUAACUUUACAGAUGUGUAAAAUGAAUGUACGAUUUUUGUAAAUACGUCAUGCAAACCACGCGUGCACACACACACACACACAUAUCGAAAUAUUGAGUUGACUGAUAAAUUUUUAAGUACAUAUUAAAUACGUUUUCCUUUAUUGUUUAUUGAAUUCAUGGAAAGCUGAAUAAAAAAUAAUAUCUAAUUAGAAUAAUAUAUUAUUAAAUUUUUUAUCCACUAAUCAACAUAUAUAAACAGGGGGUGGCUAUUACUUUAAAAAUCACGUAUAUAUUAUUACCGGAAGCUUUUUAUCCGCGAAACUAGCGUAAAGAACUCCAUAAAAGAUAUUAAUUAUCAAUUGCUAUGAUUGAUUAAUCUCGCUUAGUUAAGUGAUAAUAACUCUAACAGACUUUCCUGACUUGGUUAAACGAUAAGCAAUACAUGCUAUUUUGUACGCUACAUGUAUAAUCAUGUGUAAUCGGUAGGUGAUACCUUUCUAUUGGGAAGAUAUUGUAUUAUCUUCGACAGAGAUGUUCAUAUUAUUAUUAUACAUGUUAUUAUCGCGUAUAAUGAAAAUACAUACACGUAGGAUUAUUAAUUUCUACAACAAACACUUGUUUAUCGAUUCCACCGUUGUCUCAAUAAAGGCACGAUAUUUUUGGGA